CGAAUAGACAUAGAUAGAUUCAAUUCAUUGUAAACAAAAACAGUGACAUUAAUAUUUAGAUCUAACAUUAAAAGAAAUGGCAACUCUCAAUGUUUGUCGCAGAAAUUCAGGGAAAAUUGAUAGAUUUCAAAUUCCCAUAUCAAGCCUAGAUGAUUCUGUUGAUUCUCUUGCAAUUGAAAUUAGUAAACAGAUUCUAACUGACGAUUUCGAUAUAAUCUACAGUGGUGAAGUUCUAAAACGGGAAAGCAGUUUGUCUAGUUAUUCAUUACAAUAUCAGUCAACAGUUUAUUUAGUGGAUAAAUUUACCUCCUCUUGUAACCAUGAGAAUACAGCUUCAGGAACUAGUAUCACAAGUAAAAAUGAUGUCACAAUGGCUGUUCAGUCUGCAUUACUGAACUCAGAAUAUCGAUCUAUUGUUGAAAGAAUUUUAACUGACCCGGACACAAUAGAAAAUAUUAUUGCUGCUACUCCUGGCUUAGACAGAGACCCAUGUGUUCUAGCGAUGCUUCAAGAACCAGAACUCCUUGCUGUCAUGGCACACCCAACAAAUAUUGACAGUCUUCUUGAACUUCAUCCAUCGUUUGCCCAAGCAGCAGUAACAAUUGCCACAGCAGUGAAUGAAGAAGGGGCAAAGCUGGGGCACAAACCUGGAACAGGUUCAGUUUGUUAUUCACUGGAUCAAAUGUCUGAUGAUGAAGAUGAAGUCCCACAGGCUAGCAGAUCAAGAGGCAAUAUAUCUGGUAUAACAGCAUCACAAUUGGCUGCUGCACUUCGAGCUGCUACUGGGUCAGCUGCAGUAAAUGUGACACAGCCACCACCAGUCGCUGUAGUGCCAUCCACUUCACAAAAUGCACCAGGACCUUCCAGUAGUGGCACAAUCACAGGAGAUUUCUUUCAACAGGCUAUGGUUCAUGCACAGACUGCAUCUAAUGAUGCAGCCCUUCAACAACUGCGAGACAUGGGCAUAACAGACGAGAAUGUAGCUCGCCAAGCACUCUCCGCUACUGCAGGUGACAUUCAAGCUGCUAUAGAUCUCAUUUUUGGUGAUGGCUUCAUGUGACAUUGUUUUAAGAAACUGAGCUGAGCUAGUCUUAUCAAUUUGUUUAAGUAUGUUUCAAAAUCACACAAAAACAAAGCAUUUUCAUGUCACUUUAAACAUUUCAAAGCAGGCAUUAAAUGAUUUAUACCAUUA